AUGGCCAAUUCGCAUCUGCCGAACAGUAACGAAGACUGGAAGAAGUCGCUGAAUCUUCCGACCAAGGACACGCGCCCCCAGACCGAGGAUGUCACGGCAACCAAGGGCAACGAGUUUGAGGACUACUACCUCCGGCGCGAGCUGCUCAUGGGCAUCUUCGAGGCCGGCUUCGAGCGCCCGUCGCCAAUCCAGGAGGAAUCGAUUCCGAUUGCCCUGACAGGUCGCGAUAUCCUUGCUCCAGUAUCCAAGAUCCAGGCCCUGAUUCUGGUGCCAACCCGUGAGCUGGCCCUGCAGACGUCGCAGGUGUGCAAGACCCUGGGAAAGCACAUGGGUGUCCAGGUCAUGGUGACCACCGGUGGCACCACCCUCAAGGACGACAUUAUCCGGUUAAGCGACACUGUGCACAUUGUGGUUGGCACCCCGGGUCGCGUGCUGGAUCUGGCGGGCAAGGGCGUAGCCGACUUUAGCGAAGCCGAGACCUUUAUCAUGGAUGAGGCCGAUAAGCUGCUCAGCCCCGAAUUUACGCCUGUUAUCGAGCAGCUGCUGUCGUUCUUCCCGCCGAAGCGCCAGAUCCUGCUGUACUCGGCAACCUUCCCGCUGGUGGUGAAGAGCUUCAAGGACAAGCACAUGAACAAGCCCUACGAGAUUAACCUGAUGGACGAGCUAACCCUGCGCGGUGUCACCCAGUACUAUGCUUUUGUUGAAGAGCGCCAAAAGGUCCACUGCUUCCCCGGAAACUGCCUCAACACUCUCUUCUCGAAGCUGCAGAUCAACCAGUCCAUUAUCUUCUGUAACUCGACCAACCGUGUCGAGCUGCUGGCUAAGAAGAUCACCGACCUCGGCUACUCGUGCUUCUACAGCCACGCCCGCAUGCUGCAGUCGCACCGCAACCGGGUCUUCCACGACUUCCGCAACGGCGCCUGCCGUAACCUGGUGUGCUCGGACCUGCUCACCCGUGGUAUCGACAUCCAGGCUGUUAACGUGGUCAUCAACUUUGACUUCCCCAAGAACUCGGAGACCUACCUCCACCGCAUCGGUCGCUCGGGCCGCUUUGGCCACCUCGGCUUGGCCAUUAACCUGAUCACAUACGAGGACCGCUUCAACCUGUACAAGAUUGAGCAGGAGCUGGGCACCGAGAUCCAGCCCAUCCCGCCCGUCAUCGAUAAGCGCCUGUAUGUUGCCCCCAGCGCCAUGGACGAGCCGCCCCAGCAGCGCCAGCUCCCUGCGGCUGCCAACAGCAACGCCCACGGCCCCGUGCCUCCUCCGGGCCUGCAGCGCGAUCAGCAGCGCCAGGGUCCUCCGGGCCACCACAACAGCUAUGGCGGCGGUCCCCAGCACCACUAG